AUGUCUUCCCCAAAAACUUAUGCCAAAAGCUCUUCUUCUUCGCGAUCUCCUGUUUAUCUUACUGGAGAUGAGGUUGAUCGACAUGCAAUCGAGGUUCGUAGCAAACUUCACCCAUAUGUGCAGAAGAAUUUGGAUGAAAACGUCCUUCAUCUGUUUGAAAACACCCUUGUUCUGGGUCCUCACUGGUUUGGCUUUGUGCCGGAAGAAAUGGCCGAUUUGUUCAAGGAAGAUGCUGAGGCUUCUCCUGAGGCAUGGAGCUUAUGGAAGAAGGCUGGAAUUUUCGAUGCAAUUCUUCUGUCUAAGCAUUCUGUCAAUAGAGAUGGGAAUUUGCUGGCUGCUGCUCUGUGCUUCUGGAAUUCUGCCAGCAACACUUUUGGCUUCCGUAUGGGAUCCAUUUCUCCGACUCUGCUGGAUUUGGCUCAAAUAUUUGGGUUCAGGCCCCAUGGUUGGCCUGCUGAUGCUGUUGGUGACUGCCAUAUAGGGAAGAAUCGAGAGAGAUUAGCCAAGCCUUUCACCAUUCAUGCUGCCACGAUCAACCAGAAUUGUUCUUUUUCCAAUUUUUUGAAGAAGUUUAGCACUGAAAAGGAUAGGGAUCAGCAACACAUGCUGUUCCUUCUAUACUGGUUGAACAAGUUCAUUUUCCCCAAUUGUUCCUCAGCAGUUUUGCUGGAAUACAAGCAUUUGGAAGAAGCUUUGCACAACCAUGCAGAUGUGGGGCUUGGCCCCAUAGUUCUGGCUCAUCUGUAUAAGAACCUUCACAGCGCCACUCUGGAGAAUCCACUGAAUAUCUCUGCUCCUAGCGCAUUCUGGAUGAUCCAGAUCUGUCUGCAUGUUUAUUUCCUAGAAUUGAGGUUUCCAGACAUUGUUCUGCCUGAAGACCAGGUUAUGGCGGUCCCCUUGAUGUGGGCAGAGGUGCCUAAGCGCUGA